GCCUGUAAGGACACCGUGAAGCUGACUGCCCGCCGUCUCCUCCAGGAGCAACUCGACGGAGAUCGAGAAACCGUCACCACGUCUUCUAACGAGGACAUCGUGGAGGGUAUCAGUCUUGAGGACAUAGCCAUGAAACAGGAACCGGAGGAUGAGGAAGACUGUUACCUCGAGGCAGGCGAGAUACCACCUUCUCCAUCGCCGCCUUCGUCGGGUAACCGUCAUACGGUAGCCACGCACCGUGUUCGUUCACAUGCACGUAGUCUUCGUGCUAUGACCAACCCCAGUGCGGUUUGGGCACAUUUUGACUUGUGCGCGAACGAUCCGCUGCGUGCACAGUGCCGUAUUUGUGGAGCGGUUGUGGUCAGGGGCGGUGCAAAUCCUCGACAGUGUGGCACCACGAACCUUCAUCGACAUCUUAGGGUGCAUCACGGUGGCAGACUCAUUGGCAGUCGCUAUCACGUGUUACAAUCACCAUCUCAAUCCAGUACAACCAGUAAAACUAUAAGAAUAGCGGCACAGUCAUUGGUAAGACCUCAUCUUAGGAACAUUGCACCAGCACCUAUACAGCAGCAACAACAACAACAACAGCAACGACAACCAAAGACUCUUGUGUUAAAAACAAUACCCUUGAAAGUAAAACAAGUUGCCCCUACAACCAUUAAAAUGCCACCAAGACAAACCACUCAAGGAUUACCUCAUAAUAUUGUGCAUCAGCAACCUACGGAGGUUUGUUUAAGAUGGAACAGUUAUCAUAGUAACAUGCAAAAUAGUUUCCCAUCUUUAUUAGACUCUGAACAGUUUGUUGAUGUUACUUUGGCCUGUGAAGGCCGUUCAUUGAAGUGUCAUAAAAUGAUACUGUCAUCGUGCAGUGACUAUCUGGCAGAUUUGUUACGUGAAAAUCCAUGUCAGCAUCCAAUCAUUUUAAUGAAAGACUUGAAAUUUUGGGAAAUUGAAGCACUAGUCAAGUUUAUGUAUCGUGGUGAAGUUAAUGUUGCCCAUGAUAAACUGCCACAACUAUUAAAUGCAGCUGAAGCAUUGCAAGUAAAAGGAUUAGCUGGACCAAAUCCUUCUUCUCAGAAUCCAAAGCCACCGUUACUUAUACCGCAAUCGAAGCCAGUCGUAUCUCAACCAGUUCCUCGAGCCUCAUCAGAGACCAAAGAGAAAGCUUCUGCUUCCGGCGUUUCCGCGCCUUCUAGUCCAAAACGUGCACAAAAGCGACAACACCCAGAGCCCGCCGAACCAAAACCAUUCACCAAAAUACGCUUACAACGACCCAUUACACCCACAUCACCCAGUACUACAGUAAAAAUGGAACCUUUAGAUAUACCUCUUAGUCCAACCGAAAUGUUUCCAGAGAAUAACGAGGACAGUUCAACACCAUCGAACUUCGAAAAGCUUAUGAGUUUGCAUGAAGAAGAUGAUCCAGGUGGCAAUGAAGUCACGGAUGGCGAAAGAGAGAUUAAUUUCUGCGAGAUACCUGAACCGCCAGAUAUAAACGACAGCGAGGACCAAAUGGAAUUUGUACCUACAGACUUUUUAGAACAAGAACAAGAUAUAGUUGAAGAAACGGAAACGGCCUCUAAUAAGGAUAACAAAGAAGAAUCUAGAGAUUAUAGUUCGAUCGAGCUUGAAGACGGUGAAGAAAGCGGGCUUGAAAAAGAACAAUGUUCAAAAGAGAAGAAACCUGUUUAGUAAGAUGUUGGAUAAAUUCAGUGAUUGGGUUGUUUAACGAAAAAAUGAUAAAGAGUACGAGAUCUACGCUUUUAGUUUUUUAAAAAGUUCUUAGGGUAAUCUUAUUGCUAUCAAAGUACCUUAUAAACUUUUGUUCUGAGAUUGAUUUUAACGAUUAUCUUUUAAACACGUAUAAAAGAAACCAGUGUAUAAUACAUACAUAUACAUAUAAUAUUACUUUUGUGAUAUCGUUUUAUGUAAUCUAUUAUUACAAUAAGCUUUUAGCUUCAUUUCUGAUUGAUCAAAGCAUUGAACAAAGAUAUGUAUUAAAACUCUGCCGUUUGUUCUUAGAGGAAUAUGAAAGAAUAUUUCAUUAAUGUUGUAAAUAGAAGAAUGUAUGCGAUUGAAAAAGUAAAACUAUUUUUACCACUU